GCCUUGUGCUGUCUGACCUUGCUUAGAGCUUACCUUUGGGGAUCGAGUUCACGUCACUGUCGUUUCCAAUACACUGCUGGGAUCCCGUUACAGAAGCCGUCAAUGUAGAAAAAAAAGAAACACACAUGUACACGAAAAUACAUACUGCUAUACAUACAUGCAUAUAGAUAUUUAUAUACACACAGGCAGACCAUAUAUACAAACAUGUACAGUAGUGAAGAAGAUUGACAUAUAGAGAAAAAGAAAGGAGAAAAAAAAAGGCCAGCAGAUAAUAACGAAGGUGAUGUACUCUUCAAAACAAUACCCAGUUUCUUACCAAUCCUAUUACCAUGAAGAGGGACAAGCCCCUAAUUUCCAGCACGGUUGACUUCCAAGAAAUACUUCAGCUGAAGAAAUGGUACAACUAAUGAAGCCAACUGUUUCAAAAGAACAUGUUCCCCUCCUCUUUCACGAACCACAUGUUUUGUCUGGUUUCCGACACAUCCACCAACCAUGGACUUACUACUUCCUCAGCUUAUUUCAAAUACAUAACGAAUGUCUGAACUCAUGGACUCAUCUCAUUGCAAUGCUCCUUGUCAUCAAGAAAAUGAUGACCUUCUCCAAGGAAUUCAGCCUAUUCACUGACCCUUACAUGUGGCCUUUGACCUCAGGUAUUCUAAGUAUUGUCAUUUUAUAUCUCUGCAGCAGCUUGGCCCAUUGCCUGCAAUCACGUUCUGAACUUGCCCAUUACACAUGCUUCAUGUUUGAUUAUGCUGGAAUUGGUCUCUAUGGAAUUGGCAGUAUUAUUCUUCAUUACAACUACUGCAUGCUUCCGUCUUUCAACAUUGGAAUUUUGCAGAGCUGGAUCAUUCCUGUUGGAGUGAUCCUUGGUGUUUGCGUGUGUCUCUGUUGCAGUAUUUCAAAAGUGCGGUACAAACGACCUUACCCAUUUAUUCGAAAAGUCUGGCAACUGGGUUCUGUUGGCGGAAUCUAUGCAUUACUUAUUUUACCAAUCGCACAUCGGGUUUUAUUAAUGAUUUUGACAUCGGAGUGGGACAAAGGCCUCCCACAUCACAUAGAACAGAUGAUCUGGUUUAUAAUGGCUGGGUUCUUCUUUGGUUCAGACAUUCCACAGCGUUUCUUCCCUGGAAAAUUCGACUUUUUGGGACACAGUCACCAGUUGUUUCAUAUUUGUAUCAUGAUGGUCUCAUGGAAACAGCUGGAUGGUAUUUACGAAGAUAUAGUAGAAUGGAAGACAUCAUUGUAUGAGAAAGACCCUCCAACAUUUUCUAGCACAUUUGGGGCGAUAUUUUUGACAAUCUUUAUAAAUUUAAUUGUUGUUGUUAUUUUCACGGAAAGCGCAAAACAAUUCAUUAAUCAAGGGAAAUCCUGUGAGAGAAAAACAGACCAUAUCUCGGUGAAGAAAAAAAACUAACUUGUAGAAAUUUUUCCAAAUAUUUAAAAUAAAUGUAUGCAGAUGUGAUAAGAGGAACAAAAAAAAAAGUAGAACAUCUUUGUAUAUUGUCAUGCACACACACAUGCACACACACACACACACACACACCACACACACACACACACACACACUCACUCACACAUAUAAAAUACUGUGUUGGCUAAAAAUCAUAGGUUAUAUUUUGUAGUACAGUAUAGUAUUGCAAAGGUAAAAAAAACCAGUUAGCACACCAAUAACA